UACAAUGAAGCAGUUUCCGAUGCGAAUUUUUUCCCCACGCGUUUUGUUUUACCCCAGUCCCUCUCGCUUUACGAAACUUACGCGAAUUAGCCUUGGUGAAACAUAAGCUUCGACACGUGCAGCACUACUUUAGUGAGUUAAACAUAAUUCAGCGAAUCUUAAAAUCUUCUCGGUGCUCGUUGAAGCAGCGCAGCCUAUCUUAGCCUAGCCUAGUCGCUAACAACGAGAGCAAAGGGUCGUCAUCAAUACUCCCGCAAGCGGACAUCAAGUGUGGAAAAUGUGCGCGAGAAGGACACCUUGAGAAGAAAAGUUCCAGGAAGAACUGUGUUGAACAUUAGAGGAACCUUCAGGUUACCAAAACGCGACGGUUUCCGAGAUAAUUCAAGCUAAAGUUCUUCACAGGCUCGAAGAUUGCCAGUUAAGAUUGAUUUGUUAAGAUUUGGGAACUGUUGACAUCACGGCAUCUGGAAGACCACUAUGCAACGGGAAACUGGUCAGUGAUACAAGUGAACGGGAUGAACCAACUGAGAAGAGAAGAAAGGUGGCAACUACUGCCACAAGGUCAUUCAGUGACUAACAUCAGUGACUCUCAACUUCCUACUAAUAGGCAUUCCAGGUGUGCCAGUAUUUCCUACACUUGAGGAAUGAGAAUCCUAACAGUGACAAUAGGUCUCUAGCCCAUGAUACAGUGGAUGUCACUUUGCCAUUCUGGAGAAUGACAAGUAUUAAAACACUAACUAGGCCAAAUGCAGUCAACCGCUUCAUGAUCAUCCAUGAAAAGUAAAGGAAAAUGGUCAAAAACAAGGGAAUAGACAACAAACCAGAAGAAGCAAAACGAACUGACUUUUUGAAAGACUUAGACAAGUUGGUUGAUAUUGGAUCAAAUAGAUGCUGUGGAGGAAAUAAGAACCAACAGGCUUCUUAAAAAGGAGGCCGAGAAAGACGAUGUCUAUUUCUAUAUGGACGAACAGACUACUGGCCAGGCACACAUUUCGGGUCAUGACAAGGUGUUUGAGAUGAAGUCUAGAGAGAAAAGCUUCCGAGAAGAGAGAACAUCAUCAGUGACUGCUGCAGCAGCAGAGGUUGGGGAAAUUUCAAACUAUGAAGAUCCAGAGAACAGUCAAGAUGUCAAUAAAGAAGUUUGUCCAGAGUGGCAGGAGCCUGAGAUCCCCCAACUAAAAAAGGAAGUGGGAGAUGAAGAGGUCCCCCACAUUAAAGAAGAGCCGGAGACCCUGAGUAUUAAACAAGAGGAGGAGCUGGAGACCCUGUGUACUAAACAAGAAGAGGAGAUGGAGACCCUGAGUAUUAAACAAGAGGAGGAGCUACAGUAUCACCACGUUAAAGAGGAAAGAUGGCCGGAAAAAGAGACGGGAUGCACCAAUAUAAAAGAGGAGGUGGAGGAUUUCCCCAACUUGCCAUCGAUUGUAGUCCCUUUGAAAAUUAUAGAUGAAGGCCAAAGUGAACCAUUGGGUGCCAGUGAGGCGGAGCCUCCAGACACCCUCUUAGCGCCACUAUCCGAAGAUGACAACACUUCACAGUGUGCUGAUGGGGCUGGACAGUCUGAAAGUCAUAUUACAUGUAACACUGAUAACAAACCCUGGGAAUGUUCUCAGUGUGGGAAAACAUUUGUCUAUAAGUGGGAUUUGAAAAGACAUAUGAGAAUACACACUGGAGACAAACCUUUCGUUUGUUUAGAUUGUGACAAAAGAUUCUCGCAACAAAGUCAUUUGAGAAGACACACAAUGACACACACUGGCGAGAAACCUUUCGUUUGCUCAGUGUGUGGGAAGAAAUUCCCUGAAAUAGUGAAUCUGAGAAUACAUUUAAGAAGACACUAUGGUGAGAAACCUUUUGCAUGCUCAAUUUGUGAUCAAAGUUUCACACACAAAAGAAGCUUGAGUAUCCACAGAAGAAUACAUACUGGUGAGAAACAUUUUACCUGCGCAGUUUGUGGCCAAACAUUCACUCACAAGGGAAGCUUGACAAUACACGCAAGAAUUCACACAGUCAAAAAGCCCUUUGCCUGCUCAGUUUGUGGUCAAAGAUUCGUACAUAUGGGUAGCUUAACAAGACAUGAAACAACACAUGGUAUAAUUAAAUCGUUUUCAUGUCUAGUUUGUGGUGAAAGAUUCACUAAGGAGGGCGAUUUAAGAAAACACACAAGGACCCACCCUGGUAAAAUAGUUUUUGCCUGCUCAGUUUGUGGUCACAAAUUCCCCUGUAAGGAAAGCUUAAUGCAUCACUCAAAUACACACACCGGUGAAAAUCCUUUUGACUGCUCAGUUUGUGAUCAAAGAUUCUCUGAUGAGGGAAGCUUGAGAAAACACACAAGACGACACACUGGAGACAAACCAUUUCCCUGUUCAACUUGUGGUCAAAGAUUCACAUUUAAAAGUAGUUUAAAAUCACACUUGAAAACACACACACAGGGGCAUUACUAGACCUACUACAAUACUGGAGCACAGCGGGGCACUGCACUGGCGAGUGAGCACUUUUUUUUUAAGCAAUCAUCAUAAAAAGUAAGAAAUAGUGUUACUUCACAUUAAUUCCAUAAUCUUUUUGUACUUUAAUGUUUGUUUCUUAAUUUAAUUCCAUUUUUUAAUUUACUGUUUGUAAGUUUGAUCUUAGAGCUUUUUCGUUGUCUACGGUCAUUCUAACGCAAUUUGACAAAUUUCAUUUGCAGUUUUCAUGGCCAGAGAAAUAGCCACCAUUUUUUCUUUAAAAAAAAAAAAAAAAAAAAAAGUCUAUGCUUGGAAUGAAGAAGUUCCAAAAAAGGACAAAUGUUAAAUUAAAAAAUAAAUAAGACAAAGUAACAUGCUCAAUUUUCGUUUUUUAAUGUUGAACUGGAAAUGUUUUUCGGAAAUGUGACUAGGGCAAAAUAAUUUUUUUCACCAAAAUAAGCAAAUAAAAUGACACACUUUAUUCUCAUUGUAAUUGUUAAACAACAAUGUUUAGAGACAUGACUGAAUCAGUAGUGAGAGAAUGUAAGUUCUAUGAUAUAAAUAUUUAAAAAUCAAAACUCAUCACAUUGAUAUUAGAAAAUAAGCAAAAUCUUGUUUUGAAAUUUCUGUGAACAUUAAUUGGUCAUUGUGUAUAGUAAUACAACCCUGUUUCAUUAAUUUUUAUAUCUUUCAGUGCUAUCAAUUUUGAAAGAAAACUUUGGAGUUCCAGCUGAUUUAAUGCAUUCUGACUGGGGCUCCAGGUCCAUGGAAUACAGACACAUUAAAUAACACUUAGAAUAUCAUGGAAAACUUAAUUGAUUUGCACAAUUUCAUUAAAAAAAGGCACUUUCAUAGAUUAGUUUCAGGGCCCACAAUUUAAGUGAUUUCAAGGAUUUAUUUAUUUCACAUAUUUUGAGUGUCCAUCUGCUAAAAUCCACGAAAACAAGAUUAUUGUUAUUAUUUAAAUGUUGUUAAAAAAAAAAAAAAUCAGUCAAGAUUUUGCAGGGCAUGAUUUUUUAAAAAGUGAGUGUGGUCUACUAAACUGAAAUCACCUGCACAUGUUUCCCCAGGUUUCAUUAGAUUGCUUCAAUUUAGUUGAAUUGUUUCAGUUUGGUUUAACAUGGGCUAGACUGAAGACAACAGACCAGAAGAACAAUAUUGAUACUUUCCAUAGGAUGGAUGAAUAUCUGGAAGAGAUACAGAAAGCGUGAGAUUAGGUGAAAUCCACAUCUUAAAAAAUUAACCACAUUCAGAGGCGUCCGGGAGAUGGGCUACGCAAGUCGGGUUCCCCGGGUCAAACCCCUUCUGAGCCUGAGCCAUCAUGGCUCGUGUUUCACCUGGGCCAACUCGCUGGGCUUUAACCCAGUAGAGAAUUUAUGGAGUAUUAUCGAGGAAAAUGAGGGACACUAGACCCAAAAACAAAAAAGAGCUGACAGCAAGGUUAUCUGGACUUUAAUAACCCCCGGGCAAUACAACAGGCUGGUUGCCUCGGCGCAUGGAGGUAGUUAUGGCAAAGGGUAUUGAAGACUGACAUAUCUUUUUGAAAGUACAAUAUUUUUGAUUGAUUUUGAUGUAACCUUAUUUCUUUUUCUAUGAGAGGUAAAUGUGUUUUCUUCACAGUAUUCUCAUUCUCUUCUUUUUGUUAUCCUGGAAAAUACAAAUAAAUACUUGAACCUGCUGUGAUCCUUCAAUUGUUAGUCAAUGAAAGUUUUUUUUUUUUUAAUGGAAUUAUGGAAAUAAACUUUUCCGUAAUAUUUGAAUUUUUGAAAAUGGGUCUGUCUGUAUUGUUUUGUAUGAAAAACAGGGUGACUAACAAAUGCAAAGUUACUCCAUUAUAAAAAAUGUGUGUUUCCACAUUGUUUUUUUAGUAAUUUGUAGUGGAACAUAGUUUGGUCUUGCACAACUGUUUUGGGACAUGUUAUGAAGACAACUCGCUUUAUGUGAGAUAUAUAUAUAUUUUAUACACAUUGACAGUGA